ACCCUGGCUAUUCCUAUGACACUGCUCCUGUCUCCUAUACUGGCUUCCUGCCUUGCUCUGGUGCACACCUGGCGAUCUACCAUACCAGCUCUGCAUAUUACUAUUGUGCCUGAAUCGGAGGUUCAUCAGUCUUCCAAAGUCUCCAACUGCAAGAGCUGCAAACAACAUCAACUGGCGUUCUUGUCCCCCUGGUCCCUAGACACCCUCUGUUCCACUUCCAGUGGGGUCAGGGCUAGUGACAUAAGUGAGGCCGACCUUGUCAUUUCAGUCUCCAAUCAGGUACGUGAUAGUACCAGUCAGCCAGUGAUGGAGUCUGAAAGGGAGGCCUCUGCAAUGGGGGACAUCUGUCAAUCAGUCUAUGCCUUGUCUUAUAUUAUUAUACAAGUUUGCAAAAAAACCUUGAGCACAUGGAAAACCAACUACCAACCAAGUCAGAUGUUUCAACAGCCAUGGGUCCUUCUGCAGCUUCAGACAUAACUACCCAG